GAACAACCCUGCUGCAAGACUACGAGGUCUGCGAGUGGAGGAGGGAAGGAUUUUGGGAAGCAAAAAAAAACAAAACAUGGCGAAAUAACAAGUUUGUGCCGUCAUCCGCAGUUUGAAUCUGCAUGGUUUCUUGUCUGUGCUGGACGAAUACUGCAAGCUCGGGGGGAAAAAAACCCUGGACGUUUGGAGAGGACGAUUAUUACGCAGAAACUUUGAAUAGUCGAGGGCCCACAGCUUUACAAGUACGGUGGCUGAGACACAUUGCGCCUGCCUUUUCUGCCUGUGUUUCCCCCCCCCCCCCCUCUCCCCCGGAAGGCUGGCAGUGCUAGGCGCGACUGUCAACACAGAAAAUGGAUGAAGACGGAAAAGUUUAUUCUGGAAACGGGUGUUUCAGCCAUUUAGCUUAGCUGCGUUAGCGCACCUGACGCGGUAUCGCCGUUUGGCUUUCCGGACGAAAACUGGGGGAAUAUUUAAGUUUGAAAACUGCAGUUUGAAUAGAUGCACAAUUCAGUCAAGGCGGCUGUGUUCAUUUCCUGUGUUAUAUUCGGGUAGUGCGUUGUAUUCGAGGUGGAUAAUGACAGCCUGACAGUCGGUUCUGGUUCUGGUUGCGCACGGACCUUACCCGGACGCCAUCACAAUCAGACCGCUGCGUUCUCCACUGCGUUGGUAAAAGCCUUAAAUGUUAUUUUGUCCCAACGAGGAAUGUGUUACAUCCAUUUGUUGAUUGUUUUUUUUUUUCCCCCUACAACAUUGCAACAUUGUCUCUUUUUGAAAAGACAACCCGGGGAUGUGUCGGAGCAGCGGAGACUCGGCGUCUCGUCAAAAUGAACGCAGCAAGGUGUUCAUCGACAACAGCGGAGGUGCAUCGCGUUGAAAGGCUGCCAGUUGUGAAUACGGUGCCGAUGGCCGGCUAAAUCUUUUAUCUGAGCUUGCAUGUGUUUUGAUCGGAUGUUACAGCAGGCAUUUCUGUAAAAAAAAAAAAAAAAAAAAAAAAACUGCGGAUAACAGUUGCUGCUCUCGGCCGGAGUUAACGCGAGCUAGUCAGCUGGGUGCGUCUGUGCAGAUCUACCGUGUUGUUCCAGCCACACAGGGCAGCCCUUUUUUUUUUUUUUUUGUUUUGUUUUUUGCUUUGUUUUCUCCCACAAACCAACAAGCUCGUUUCAGAAGCUUCUUCUCGCCACUUCGUGAGACAUUAAGUGGCUAACUUGUGUGCUAACGUAACCUAAGUUUUCGCCACAGCCAUGUCUGAAAACGCCCCCACACGAAGCCUGGAUGACAUCGACCUCGCAGCUCUGAGGGAUCCAGCAGGAAUCUUCGAGCUGGUCGAGGUGGUCGGCAAUGGGACGUAUGGGCAGGUGUACAAGGGCCGUCACGUGAAGACGGGCCAGCUGGCCGCCAUCAAAGUGAUGGAUGUCACGGAGGAGGAAGAGGAGGAGAUCAAAGCCGAAAUCAACAUGCUGAAAAAAUACAGCCACCACCGAAACAUAGCCACAUACUACGGUGCCUUUGUCAAGAAGAGUCCACCGGGACAUGACGACCAACUCUGGCUGGUGAUGGAGUUCUGUGGCGCGGGAUCAGUGACCGACCUGGUGAAAAACACAAAGGGCAGCUCCCUGAAGGAGGACUGGAUUGCUUACAUCUGCAGAGAGAUCCUGAGGGGCCUUUCUCACCUCCACGCCCACAAAGUGAUCCACAGAGACAUCAAGGGCCAGAACGUGCUGCUAACAGAGAAUGCAGAGGUCAAACUGGUGGAUUUUGGUGUCAGCGCUCAGUUGGACAGGACAGUCGGGCGCAGGAACACCUUUAUCGGCACACCUUACUGGAUGGCACCUGAGGUUAUCGCCUGUGAUGAGAACCCUGACUCCACCUAUGACUACAGGAGCGAUAUCUGGUCCCUGGGGAUCACAGCCAUAGAGAUGGCAGAGGGAGCUCCACCUUUGUGUGACAUGCACCCGAUGAGAGCCCUCUUCCUUAUUCCAAGGAAUCCCCCUCCGAAACUGAAAUCCAAAAAAUGGUCCAAGAAGUUCAUUGACUUCAUAGAGGGCUGUCUGGUGAAGACUUACACCAGCCGACCAUCGACGGAGCAGCUGCUCAAGCACUCCUUCAUCAGGGACCAGCCCACCGAGCGCCAGGUCCGAAUCCAGCUCAAAGACCACAUCGACCGAACUCGCAAGAAACGGGGAGAGAAAGAAGAGACGGAGUACGAGUACAGCGGUAGUGAUGAAGAGGAUGAAAAUCGUGGCGAUGACAGAGAGUCUAGUUCAAUCCUCAAUGUGCCCGGCGAGUCCACCUUGAGGCGGGACUUCCAGCGUCUGCAGCAGGAGAACAAAGAGCGGUCCGAGGCUCACAAGAGGCAGCAGGCCCAACUGGCCGCUCAGCGCAGAGACCCCGAGGAGCACAAGAGGCAACUGUUGCACGACCGACAGAAACGCAUUGAAGAACAGAAGGAACAGCGCCGUCGACUUGAAGAGCAACAGAGAAAGGAGCGAGAGAUGGUGAGGCAGCAGGAAAAGGGUCCCCACCGGAGACUCGACGAUAUGAGACGGGAGGAAGAUAGGAGGUUGGCUGAGAGGGAGCAGGAGUUUAUCAGACAUAAGUUAGAAGAAGAGCAGCGGCAGUUAGAAAUCCUCCAGCAGCAGCUGCUUCAGGAGCAAGCACUGCUCAUGGAGUAUAAGCGCAAACAGCUGGAGGAGCAGCGUCAGUCAGAGCGGCUGCAGAGGCAGCUGCAGCAGGAGCACGCUUACCUUGUGUCUCUGCAGCAGCAGCAGCAAGAAAAGAAGCCCCAGCUCUACCACUUCAACAAAAACCUGGAGCCCAACAACAAACCCACUUGGGCUCGUGAGGUGGAGGAGCGGAGUAAGCUCAACAGACAGGGCUCGCCCAAAAUCUGCACCACCGUCUCUGACACCGCCAUCCAGUCGCGUUCUGACUCAAUCAGCCAAUCAGGAGUGGGGCAGUCUUCUCAGACCCCACCCAUGCAGAGGCCUGUUGAACCGCAGGGGGGUCAAGGAAAGUUCCAAAUGGCUCACUUGGUCCCCUUGAAGCCUUACGCUGCCCCUGUCCCUCGCUCCCAGUCUCUCUGUGACCAGCCCACUAAGACCAUGUCCGCAUUCCCCACCCAGGACCCCUCACUUGCUCCCACGCCCCGCCCCAUCCACUCCAGAGAGCUGGUGCGUCAAAACUCGGACCCUACUUCUGAAACCCCGGCACCACAGGCUCACCAAAUCAGAGAGGACCGCGGGCCGUGGAUCCGCUUGCCAGAUGUGGAACUCCCACCCAAGAUUCCUCAGAGGACGGCGUCCAUCGCUACAGCUCUCAACACCAACCUGUCCUCUGGCAUACGGCAUCCAGUCAGAGCCAGCAAUCCAGAUCUGAGCCGUAAUGAUCGCUGGGAGAGAGGAGACAGCAUGAGCAUCAUAUCCAACCUGCCCCAGACUGGCUCUCUAGAGAGGCAUCGCAUCCUCAGCACCUCCAAAAUGGACUCACCCAUCCUCUCCCACGACAGUCGUCAUAAGCCGGGGGAGUCUCGCACCUCCUCUCGCCCAGGGCGCCCUGCUAGUUACAAGAGAGCUAUAGGGGAGGACCACGGCCUCUUUGCCAAGGAGCGUACCGAGGAGCAGCCGAGACCCCCGGUCAAGGCCAACGAUUACUCCUCGUCCUCCGAGAGCAGCGAGAGCAGUGAGGAAAGCGAGAGCGGGGAGGGUAUUGAAGAGGAAGAGAGCCCCACUGAUCGUCAAAGGGACGCAGACACAGAUUCAGUAAACACCAUGGUGGUGCAUGAAGACGAAGGCGAGGUGGGUGAGGGGGAGCAGGCUGGAGGCUACGGGGAUCAGACCAUGCUGGUGCAGAGGACCCCAGAGAAGCGGAGUCAUAAUGGGUACACUAACUUGCCAGAUGUGGUUCAGCCCUCCCACUCCCCCACGGAUUCAGCCUCCCACUCCUCCCCCGGGAAGGACUCUGUUUAUGACUAUCAGUCCAGAGGUUUGGUUAAAGCAUCUGGAAAGUCCUCCUUCACAACCUUUGUGGAUCUUGGCAUGUACCAGUCACCAGGAAGUACAGGGGAUACCAUCUCUGUCACUGGCUCGAGGUUUGAGCAGCUGAAGAUGGAGGUGAGGAAAGGAUCCAUGGUGAAUGUAAAUCCAACCAACACACGCCCCCCCAACGACACACCUGAGAUCCGCAAGUACAAGAAGAGGUUCAACUCUGAGAUCCUGUGUGCUGCGCUCUGGGGUGUGAACCUCCUGGUGGGCACAGAGAACGGUUUGAAGCUGCUGGACCGCAGUGGUCAGGGCAAGGUUUACCCCCUCAUCAACUCUCGCAGGUUCCAACAGAUGGACGUCCUGGAGGGCCUCAACCUGCUCAUCACAAUAUCAGGCAAGAAAAACAAAGUGCGAGUCUACUACCUCGCCUGGCUGAGGAACAAGAUCCUCCACAACGACCCCGAGGUGGAGAAGAAGCAAGGCUGGACCACUGUGGGGGAGAUGGAGGGCUGUGUGCACUACAAAGUGGUGAAAUACGAGAGGAUAAAGUUCCUGGUGAUUGCUUUGAAGAAUGCAGUGGAGGUGUACGCUUGGGCGCCCAAACCUUAUCACAAAUUCAUGGCCUUCAAGUCUUUUGCUGACCUGCCUCACCGGCCGGUCCUGGUGGACCUGACAGUGGAGGAGGGUCAGAGGUUGAAAGUCAUUUAUGGUUCUUGUGCCGGCUUUCAUGCCAUCGACGUGGACUCUGGAAACAACUAUGACAUCUACAUACCUGUUCAUAUCCAGAGCCAUGUGAUGCCUCACGCGAUAGUCUUCCUGCCCAGCUCAGACGGCAUGGAGAUGCUGCUCUGCUACGAGGACGAAGGCGUCUACGUCAACACCUACGGACGAAUCAUCAAGGACGUGGUGCUGCAGUGGGGCGAGAUGCCCACAUCUGUUGCUCAUAUCUGCUCAAACCAGAUCAUGGGAUGGGGGGAAAAGGCCAUUGAGAUCCGCUCCGUAGAGACCGGCCACCUGGAUGGCGUCUUCAUGCACAAAAGAGCCCAAAGACUGAAGUUUCUUUGUGAGAGAAAUGACAAGGUGUUCUUUGCAUCGGUGCGGUCCGGCGGCAGCAGCCAGGUUUACUUCAUGACCCUGAACAGAAACUGCAUCAUGAACUGGUGAAGGAUCAGCUGCUCCGGUCAGCGAGUGGAUCCCAGCAGGAAGUGCAUCUGAAAACUCCCCACAAACGCAUGCACGCUAAUCUGAAUUUCCUCUGCAGCUCUCUCGAUCAGUCACACACUCAUACUCUAAUACAGAAUACACACACACACACACACACACACACACACACACACACACACACACACACACACACACACUCUCAUGGACAAACACACACACACAAACAAAACGAUCUAAAACCCAUUUCAGCCUACACUCCUUCUGAAGAUACAGUUUCUACCAAGGCUCACUGACAACCCUCUCCCUCGAGUCAUCGUGAAAAAUCUCGAUGAGCUUCAAAUGUUAAUACCAUCAUUUGUAAUGUAUAUAUUCUCGUCUUGAUUUACUUUAGUUGGUGGACCUGUGUUCAGUCGUGAUUUAGUUCCUAAUUGUGAAGUAUGUUAAAAAACAUUCCUUGAUGGUUCUUCAGUACAUUUUGAGGAAGGCAUUAUUUACCCUUACUGUGUGUCCAAAUGAAGCUGUAAAUAGGUAGCACCUUACACUUAGAUCUGAAUCAUCUGCAGGCCUCUUAUAAAGCCUCCAUUCAGUGUGGAUGUAAAAUAUCAACAUGCUGGGGAAUGUCCAUCUGCAGCGGCUUGUGGACCCUCAUAGCUUGAGGCUAUCAUAAUUUUGAAGGAAGGAUUAAGUACAAAACUAUUUCAAAGGGACAUUGAAGUCAGGACGAAGCAGCUUUGGUUUGAAUCGGUUGUCGAUCGUUGACCUGAAGUCAAACUGAAGUCAUGUUUAUGCCAACUUUGUUCUCUGGGUUGGCAAAGUGAGCUCGCGUCUCUUAAAUCCCUGCACAUGAGCCUUGAACGCUUCACAAGCGAGGAACAUUUUCUAGUGUGGAUCAAAAUCAGAAGUCUCACACAUGAAAUCUCCUGCUUUGGCCUUUUUUUUUUUCUUUUUCUAUGAUUUAAAAAAAAAAAACAAAAAAAAAAACAACCUUCGUUUAUUUGACUCAUCAGGCUUGUAUCUAAACUUUCUGUUUUCAUACAUUUACAAAAUACAACAAUUUGAUAUGUAUAUGUAGUGAUUCUGUAUUGGUAUUAGCCUACUGGUAUUCUUACUUUUACUGUAAUUAUAUUGCCAUUAUAUUGCAAUAUAUGCUAUUCUCGUGGAGUCUUUGAAAAGGGGAGUUCCUGUAUUUAGCGUGGUAGAUUUUAGGGAGUACGAGGACAUCAGAGAGAGACGUGAAAGGAGGGUGUCGCUUUGGAUCCCAGAUUAUUUUCAAGGUCCUUUCACUCUGCUACCACAGUGAUCUAAUUCUACUGUAUUAUAUUUCAGUUCGUAGACUAUUUCUGCUGGCGUGGAUCUUUAUGUGAGAACUGUUUGUCCAGGGGAUCGCAGUAGAACAGGUCUAGGUGUGGUACAGUUUAAAUUUGUCUCGGGUCAGAGGACGGAUUAUGUGAUAGGGUGGCUGUAAUACGACAUAGUCACUCUGGAGGACGAGGAACACAUCAGACUUAAUAUAUUUUGUACAUUCUGCCAAAGUUCAGUGCAACAGGAGGAGGAAUAAUGGCCAAAGGAAAAUAGAGCUUAUUUGCAACUUAAGAAAGAAACUUCCUAUUGAUCACUAACCGAUGUUCAUUUCAGAUUAUACAUCCACAAUGUCAGACGACUUCUCGCUGAUGUCAUGGCACAAAUCGUGUUUUUAGGGACAUGAACCAAAUAAAAAGCAGCUGAAGACGAUACAGUUCGCUCUGCUACUCCAGGCAGUGCGAUGUUAGUAAGUGGUAGGCAGCGUGACCAGGAUGUAACUCGGUGACAAUCUGUGAGCAGCGGGUAAGUCAACACAUGAAUCAGGCUUUGUUUUUGUUGUUGUGAUUCACGGCGACACGCUGCCUCAGCACUUUGCCAUUAAGAGGGCUGGACUUGUUUGAAGUCGAGAUGAUUUAUGACACAUCUUAUCAGCUUGUAGUUGUUGGCAAAACAUCUUCAUUUCUCAACAUGUGAGUUCAUCGGCUGACACGCCGAUGUGAAAAGAAAGCGGCUGUAAACAUUGUCCGCGCUUUGUGGAUUUAAUGAAAGGAACCUGGGUCGGUGAUCAAUGGGGUUAUCGGCUAAAAGUUGUGCUUUAUGCUGAAGAGUAAUAUUUUAUAUGGUUAAAGACAGUUAUUCAGAUUGCAGUAUACGGUCAGGGCCAGAAGGCUUUUAAUCAAAGAUGAUAUAAAUAGAGGAUUCUAUGUUGAGAUGAAACUAAUAUGAACAAAUAUAUAAGCAGACAUGUUGGUGUGCAUGUGAGCCAUUGAAGAAGAGUAUAUAGUACUGUAUCGGAGUUGUUUUCCCCUUCUAGCGAAUGUCUUUUUAUUCUUAAAUGUACGUUAUGUGCCAUGACUUUCAUGUCAAAUGUCACACCUACAAUCCACUCGGAGCUCUGGCACUCGUACUUUUUAUGGUUCAACGGUAAAUUUUUUUAUCGAUCUGUUUACAGUUUAAGCAGUGCCUUGGAGUUGGAAAGGUUAAGUGAUGGGCUAGGAGCCCCGCCCCCCCCCCCCCCACUUGUCUCUUACUUGAAAUCUCAUGAAGAGGAGGCACAACUACAUUUGCACCCUCGUUGAGAUUUCUGUCCCGUGCCAGUGAAGUGCACUUAAGUCCAAUCCACGACAUCCUGUAGAUGGACUUGAAAAGCUUUUCUUUUUUUUUUUGGCUUUUUUUUUUGGGCACCCACACAUUCAAUCAGAUCAACGCAGAUCAAAUAUUUGGUGAAUUGCAAUAACGAACGAGCUAGUACGAUGAAGCCGGCGUGACGUGUAGUGAAUGGACUCGCAGUGGGAGCCAGCAUAGAGUAAAGCCAUACGUAUGAAUCGUGUCUGUAGGGAAACGUAGUACUCGUGAUGUCCGCUCUGAAAAUGUGGGCUCUCGCAUCAGAGGUGAGAGGAAAGCGCUUGUUCUCUAAACAUGUUGAUUGUGUGAUCUCGUAGUAGGAAAAAUUAGCUUGAUAUAUUCAGAAGCCUAUUUUAUAAACGAUGUAAAUUAGUCUAUAUUGAGAAAUGAAAGUGAAUGUACAUCUAUCAGACAGAGUUGUAUUUAUAUAAAAACGUGUACCGCUCUAUUAAUCAAAGCACAAUGUAUUUUAGAGCAGAGAGGUCGAAGCUGUAAGUGACUGAAACAAAGAGAUGGAGCCCCCGCCCCAUCCCCCCCCCGCCCCAUCCCUCAUGCAGUCAGCAGUCGUCAAUGUUGCCAGCGAGUAAUCAGUGAGUAGUUUCUUCUAGCGGACAGAGAAGUCUGCUGAGACAGCGGUCUGUAUGUGGACCGGCAACAUUUCAGUUCAGUUAUCCAGAGAGAGAAAGAAUAUCCAAAGAGUCGGCUGUGGCCAGGGGUGGGCAACUGGCGGCCCGCCAUCAACCCUCAACGUGGCCCUCAGGUCAUUUUUUUUUUUUACAUAUCAAUUAAUUGGAAACAUGAAGAAAACAUGACAAAAUCACGAAAACCAGAAAUAUGUCCAUAAUAAUAAUAAUGUUGAGUUAAAUUUGAGACACAAUUGACUGUCAUCGUUUUUUGUAUCCUACAAUUUGGCCCCUCUGGCAGUAAAAUCUAAAUGAACGUGGCCCUUGCUGUGACCAAAGUUGCCCAUCCCUGGCUGUGGCUGUCGGCGUGCUCAGGUGUGGAUGGAGAUCAUCACACAGGUGGUGCAGAGGUGAUAUGAAGGGCACAGGGACCCCUUGUGUCAAAGGUUAUUGGCUCUUGGUUUUGAGAUUUUUUUUUAAUUUUUUUUUUUAAAGCAGCAUUUAAGUGAAUUCAAAGUGUAUCAGCAGUGAGGAUUACAGAGUGGUAAAAAAAAAUAAAGAAAGUGUAAAUUAAUACCUACCAUAUUUUUGAUUCAAGGCAUUUGUUGUUUUUGGCACACCUGAUGCCUACAUUACCCACAAUGCACCUCUACUGCUAACACUUUGUUGAAGGUUUCAUCCUAACUUUCCUAAUUCAGCCUUCACCUGAUUGGCUAAACAAAGACGGAGAUUGGACCACAAACCGCAUCAGUCUUACCUCCACAGCCCCAGAUCUUUUUUUUUUUUUUAUUAUUAUUAUUCUUAACUGACUCAAGUGACAUCACUAGAGGCACUUUAUCUGAUAGCGUAGCCACAAAGGGCUUUUAUCGUCACGCAUGCAGAGCUCCCUGAGCCCUCUAGUCAGAGUUUGAAGUGAAGAAUCGACGGAGUUCUCCUUCGACACACAGACUGAAGUCACAAACUGUAAGAUUUACUUGAAAUACGUCGCUGUAUUUCUACCUCGGCUGUUGUACACAAGCCAAACAAAAGUAUCAUGAAAUCAAAUGCAUUUAACCAUCCAUGUUGCCUUGAUUGACCGACCUUUAUGGUGAUAAAGGAAAUACUAGCUUAUUGAAAUAUCACAAAGUAGGUCCAGCCUGAUAUUGAAUUUUUAUGAGCCGAUACCGAUAUUAGGGAGAGAAAAAUAUUCAAUACCGAUAUUGACCGAUAUCCUUCUUGGAUCUAUCUUCAAUCUUAAGAAAUAGAUACAGACACAUUUAGUGCAUUGAUCCCUUAAAUCAAACACUAGUGAAAAAGAUGUAUAAUGAAGACAAGAUUUUUUUUUUUACCAUUGAACAAAAACAAUUGGACACCUCAACAGACCCACUUAUUUAGAAAUGUAGAUGUUAACAAUUAUACAAAUACAUAUUAACCUUAACUGGAAUAAACCUUCUUAUAUCUGCACAGAUCUGAGAUGAAAUUAGCCGACACCGAUAGUCACCUCAUAUGCUAAUAUCGGCCAAUAUUAUCGGCCGGCCCGUACGUCGGUCGGGUUCUGUUAAGACACUUUAAAUAUCUGUCCCUAUAAAUGGGCUUCAACCGGGUUUAACUUAACAUCAAAAUAAUUAAUGCCUUUUAUUUAGACCGAGUCAGUCUCUCACAAAUACUAAGCCUGUCUUUAAAGUAAAGCAAACGUCAUUUUAUUUGUUUUUGAUACACAGAGGAAUAUUUUGAUCUUGUUUUUGAGUUUCCCCUGAAAGCACCGUGAGAAUCCAAAGUGCUGUUUCGUAUCGUGCCAAGAGCCUUUUAAAACGAUCUGAACUUCACAACACGUUAGUUUGACGGGCACUGUUUGUGACUCAAGACAAACGAUAUUUCCUUUUUUAAAAGAGCAAUAUAUGAGAGACGUAACUUCUGUAAUGACGUUUGUAAUGACAUGAAAGAACCGCUCAUCUCGGACACUUUGACUCAUUCUCCUGUUUGGUUGCUUGUUCUUGUGUUGCUACAAUCGCUUCCUGAAACCUGCCUUUUAUCACUCUGAACAGCGGCUGAAGGAGUGAUUGAUGACAUUGUGAUGGGGCACUCCUCUCUCUUAGCGUUUAUUUUCUAAUCAAUAAUGUAUGACUGGAUUAGCAGCUGUAGCUGGGAGUGAGGCAGAUCUAACUAAGGGGAGCUCUAAAAUCAACUCGGCUCUUUGGACAGAACUAAAAUAUUUUUGUUCUUUUUCAAUAACUUUUUCUCUCUCUCUCUCUCUUUUUUUUUUUUUUAAAGACGGUAAACAUCUUUGCAAUGUUUUAGUGUGUGUGCGCGCGUUUGUGUUACUUGUGAGAGGUUCACUGCAGAUUGUAUUUCAUAGACUGAUAAACUUUAAACUUUCAAAAGAUUGUGUUGAAUGAAUUCAUGUCUUAAUACGGAAUUGUUUGAAAAAUAAAUACCUUGAUCUGA